GCCCCAAGGCGGUGGAACUUGCCGUCAGCUGUGCGGCUCGCCAAGAGGCUCUACCACCUGGACGGGUUCAAGAAAUCGGACGUGUCGCGCCACCUCGGCAAAAAAUGACGUCAUCAAGGAGAAGGUGCGCCAGUACCUCAACUCGACCAACACGAUGGACAGCCUGAGGUCGGCCAUCACGCAGCAAGACCUGGCGCACGUGCGCGACGUUGUGGCCAUGAAGUCGCCAGCCCGACGCCAGGGACCCGUACUUCACUCGCCGCCCAAGCCGCGCGUGCCGCUGGUGCACAGUCCGCCCAAAGGCCGGGCGCGCCCGCUGCCGCCGCCCGGUCCGCCCGGCACCAACGGCGACACGCCACGGGCCAACGGUGCCAACAGCCACGAGCGGCCGCGUUUCGAGACGUUCACGAUGACGGGCGACAUGAUCCUGAACCUGUCGCGCACGCCGCAGUACCCGUCACCGGUGCCGCGCGCGCAAAAGACGCUCGACUCGCUGCGCGGCGAGGAGCGAGGGGGCGGUGUUCCGGGCGGCGGCGAGGGACGCGUGAGUGUGACGGGCGGGGGCUCGGCGCCGACCAGCCCACGCGAGACGGGCGGCGGCGGCGGCGAGGCCCGGCUGGUGACGCGUGAUGACGGCGCGCCGCCGCCGCCGGCCGUGUCCGGCUUCCGCGGCUCGCGUUCCGAGGACCGGCUGCAGGCCGGCCCGCCCGACGCCGGCCUCGAGGACGCUGGCGGCUCUUUCAACACGCUGCUGGACACUAGCGAGCCGGCCGAGCGCGACGGCCGCGUGGUCUGGACGGUGAACGCGCCGAGCGACUCUGUGCCUCGCGCGACGCUCGGUGAAUUCGCGCAUCUCAACGGCCGUGGUGACUCGGAAACGGGCGGUCGCGUCGUUCCCCACAAUGGUGGCAGCGGUGGGAUCGAGAGCGGCGGCUCGCCCACCUCACCGCCGGACGGUGCGCCGGCCGGCUGGGGUAGCUCCGGUGGCGGCACGCCCACCUCGCCGGACUCAGAGGAGGGAUCGGACAUCGAGAGCUUGCACAGUUUCCACUUCAGCCCCAAGGCGGUGGACUUGCCGUCAGCUGUGCGGCUCGCCAAGAGGCUCUACCACCUGGACGGGUUCAAGAAAUCGGACGUGUCGCGCCACCUCGGCAAAAACAACGAGUUCAACCGCACCGUCGCCGACGAGUAUCUCAAGCACUUUGACUUCACGGGCGACUCGCUAGAUGUCGCGCUGGGCAAGUUUCUGGACAAGUUCGCGCUGACGGGCGAGACGCAGGAGCGGGAGCGGGUGCUGGUCCACUUCAGCAAGCGCUACCUGGAGAACAACCCGCGCUCCUUCAACUCGCCCGACGCCUGCCACACGCUCACCUGCGCCCUGAUGCUGCUCAACACCGACCUGCACGUGCAGCACGUGCCGCGCAAGAUGACCUGCGCCGAGUUCGUCGACAACCUGUCGGAGCUGAACGACGGCGAGGACUUCCCGCGCGACACGCUCAAGAGCCUGUACCAGGCCAUCAAGGCGCAGCCGCUGCACUACGCCGCGGACGACGAGUACGAGGAGAUGCAGAGCGCGGCGACCGAGGUGCCGUCGGCCGGCGCCGGCGCCGGCGGCAGCAACCCCUUCCUCGAGAUCCCCGACGCCAGCAAGGCGACCGAGUACAAGCGCGGCUACGUGAUGCGCAAGUGCUGCGUCGAGCCCAACGGCAAGCGCACGGCGCUCGGUAAGCGGUCGUGGCGCAUGUUCUACUGCACACUGCGGGACCUGGUACUCUACAUGCACAAGGACGAGAACAACUCGCGCAAGCCGGGCGCCUACGACGACCUGCACAAUGCCAUUAGGGUGCACCACGCGCUGGCGACCAAGGCCGACGACUACUUCAAGAAGCAGCACGUGUUCAAGCUGCAGACGGCCGACCGGGCCGAGUACCUGCUGCAGACCAGUGACGCCAAGGAGCUGCAGGCCUGGAUCGACACGUUGAACUUCGUGUCGGCCAGCCUGUCGUCGCCGCCGCUGGCCGGCGCCGUCGGCAGCCAGCGGCGCUUCCAGCGGCCGCUGCUGCCGGCCGGCAUCACCAAACUCAACCUGCACGACCAGCUGCUGGAGCACGAGAAGAAGGUGACGCAGCUGGAGGCCGAGCUGGCCACCAUGGAGCAGAGUCCGCCGCCCAAGGGGGCGCGCACCCAGCUGGUGCAGGCCUACCGCGAGAAGUUCGCAUUCCUGCAGGCCGAGGCCACACGCUACCGCACCUACGGCCAGCUGCUGCGCUCCAAGAUGGCGCAGUACCCGCAGCUGGAGCCGGCGCUGCUGCAGACGCCCAUCGGCGAGCUGGACGAGGAG